AUGUCAUCAGAAUCUGUGGGAAUUCUAUCGUCACCGGAUCGAUCCAGUUCGCCAUCAUUGAUCGAUCAACUGACUCAGAAUUCCUGUACAGCAACUCAGAUAUCUACGGACUAUCCCGGUGAAAUACUACAGCAAAUACGUUCGCCUGGAAAACGACAAUUAACAAUUGAAGAAUCAAUCGUAACGACGAAUGAUUCUAAACGUAUUUGUAACAGUAAUCUUCGAGAACAGUGUGAUUCCAAAUCAACUGCCAUUAUCACUUCGUCUCCGUCGCCAACAUCUUCGAACAAUACUGAUUCCAUAUCAUUUCCGCCAUCUUCACCUCUUUCGAGUGAAGUUAUCAAUUGGCUAGAUAUCUUUCUGGCCAUGUCUAAUGAAGAUCGGACCCGCGCAACUGAGGCGUUGAUACGUACUUGUUCGACGAAUAUACUUCAAUUGAAUCAGAUUAAAAAUCAAAUCGAACCCUAUUUUCAACGUGAUUUCAUUCGUGAUCUUCCUCGAGAAUUAGCUUUACAUGUAUUAAAAUAUCUGCCCGCAAAUGAUGUUGCGCGUGCAUCGCGUACAUGUCGAUCUUGGUAUGAGACGUGUAAUGAUAUCUUGCUGUGGAAACGUAUUUGUCAACGAAAAAUGAUUCCAUUGAAAAAACUACGAACGAUAUUCGAUGAAGCAAUUGAAAAUGAAUGGAAACGUUCCUAUGCCUGUCAUAAGCAUUUGGAAUACGUUUGGCAACAUGAACAAUUAGUACCUGAACCGGUCGUAUUGCGUGGCCAUGAAGAUUUUGUUAUCACUUGUUUACAGUUUGACGGUAAACGUAUUGUAUCAGGAUCGGAUGAUAAUACGUUAAAAAUUUGGUCAGUAGCAACAGGAAAGUGUGAUCAAACAUUAAUUGGACAUAAUGGUGGUGUAUGGUGCAGCGAAAUGACAGAUGAGCUUAUUGUCAGUGGUAGUACAGAUAGAACAAUUCGUGUCUGGAAUAUCGGUACAGGUGUUUGUCAACAUAUCUUAUAUGGACAUACAUCAACAGUACGUUGUCUAGCAUUACAUGGUGAUAUCGUCGUAUCUGGGUCACGUGAUGCUACUGUUCGAGUAUGGAAUAUUCGUACAGGUGAACGUCUCCAUAUGUUAAGUGGUCAUACAGCAGCUGUUCGUUGCGUGUGUUAUAAUGGCAAAUAUGUUGUAUCGGGUGCUUAUGAUCAUACUAUACGCGUUUGGCUGCCAGACCAAGAAAAAUGUGUACAUACACUUGAAGGACAUACCAAUCGCGUCUAUUCACUAGUGUUUGAUGGUAAACAUAUCGUAUCCGGUUCAUUGGAUUGUAUGAUUCGUGUAUGGGAUGUUGAACAAGGUACGUGUAUACAUCAAUUAACUGGCCAUUUGUCAUUAACAAGUGGAAUGCAAUUACGCGGCAACAUACUCGUUUCGGGAAAUGCUGAUUCAACUGUAAAAAUUUGGAAUAUCGAAUCUGGCAAAUGUCUGCACACGCUUGCAGGAAGAAACAAACAUGCAUCAGCUGUAACAUGGGUUCAAGUUGUCUUGAAUUAUGUUGUUAGUUCAGGUGACGACGGCACUGUCAAACUGUGGGAUUUGAACACAGGCGAUUUCAUUCGAAAUUUAGUUACAUUGGAUUCAAUGGGCAGUGGUGGUGUUGUGUGGCGGAUUAAAUGCACCGACUCGGCGCUAGUAUGUGCAGCUGGCAGUCGCAAUAGCACCGAAGAUACAAAAAAGCACGCGACAGAAAACAUAUAUAUAGUAACAAAACUGCUUGCACAGAUGAUGACAUUGACAUUAGAGGAAUUCAAUCAAUGUAUAUCUGAUCUCUAUGAACAAUCACAACAGAUUCAUGACCGUUGGCAAUUACUAAAGACCUCCAAAGGCUCGUAUUUAGUUUAUUCAUUCGUUGAUCAAGAUCACUUGAAACAUGAGUUUCAUAUUGUCUAUAGCGAGAGCUACGCCGUACCUGUUCUCUAUUUUAAUAUUAGUCAUUUGGAUGGCUCGUUAUUAUCAUUGGAUGACGUUUGGCAAUUAUUCACUCAUAAGAAAACUUCCAAGAUGUACGAAACGAUUACACAGCAAGAACAUUCAAUUCUUCAUCGACCUUUUUUCGUUCUUCAUCCUUGUCACACGGAAAACGUUUUAAAACAAGUCGCUGAUCAACCGAUAAAGAAAAAAUUCCUCUUUUGGCUAUCUAUCUAUGGUCAAUCAGUGGGUUUACCUUUAUCAGUUCAUUAUGCAAUCGAUUGA